GUGUUAUGACCUGCAGACUGGACAAGAGCAACCUCAGGAAUGAAUGGGUUCAGGACAUUCUGUCUGGACAAAGAGGGAGGAGUGUGGAAGAAGGACACAGAAAUGACAUGGCUGUUCCAAAUGGGGUAAAACACCACACGACACCAAACACAAAUCAACAACAUAGAAACAGGCCUGACUGUAGGUGCAUAUGAUGCUUGAUAAGAGCGUGGAUAAAACUACAAGUGAGAAAACUUAGUUGCCUUGACAUUUAGCAUUUCAGACAUUAGAGGCUUUUACAGCCUGCAGAUACUUUGAGAAAUUAUUCUUGCCAUGCUGGUAGAUGGGAAGCAGUCUCUGCUGACUGCAGAGGUGAGCAAGGUGAGCUUUGUCAGGAGCAGCAAGGGCAGGCUGCUUGGAAAGAGAGAGCAAACUGGAAGCUGAGUCACAGCAGGGCAGGCAGGGGCAGUGGGCUCACCAACAAAGGAGCAGUCCUGCAGUACUUGAGCACAAAGAUCAGAGCCCGUCAGGGUGAGGGUUUAGAUCAGCAGGGUGUGUGGCCAGAUGUGGGCAUGGCUGCUCUAGCUCAGGCAGGGAUCAAGCAUGAGACCCUUAGCUGUGAUAAGCCUGCAGGCCAACUUUGCUAAGGUUUCUCAAAGCCAGACACCUCUAUUACUUAAGCUGGACCUGAGUCCAGGCAGCCAAUCUGCCAGAAGGUGGGGAAUAUGCUCAGGGCCCUGAUGUUCUAUCAAGCCUGCUUACAGCUGUUAUCUUGUGCAGCCAUGCUUUCUCAGUGUUCCUCUACCAGACAGCAAAACUGUGCAUAUGGCUGUGUUGAAAGUACAACAGAAGUCUUAUGGCCUGGGUAAAGAUGAGAGGUCUUAACCUUUGAAGUUGGUUGUUUGAAUUGUCAAAUAUUCUAGCAUCUGUGGUGGCUGAAAAAAAAUCUACAUUUUUUUCAGAUCUAGGAGCAGAGCUGUGACCCUGUUUUGGUGCGAUGUUGUAUGCGUCCUGGCAGGUGGAAGGUGAAGCAUCAUGCCCACAAGCUAUGGUGAAGUUUCUCUGACUUUUCAGUAGGUACUUGCAGCAAAAAGGAUUAAAAAGCUUAAAAGGGUAUUUCUCCAGAGCAGGAGGAUUUUCAGGUGAGGUGCACCUAAGGGAAGUGCAGGAAUAUACUCCUGUUUAUGCAUAAAGAAGCAUAGAGGAUUGGGAAACAGUUCAUUGAGGAGAGUUUAGUCCCCUCUGGAAAUCUUCCCAGUCCCCAUAUCUUUCCUCCCUGGUAAGUUACUGGUGAAAUUACUUGGCCUGGCCUGUGGCUGGACCGGCUGAAUUCUUCCGUCUUUCUGUACUUCCCAUUACCAGUGGUUUCUUCUAAUGUAGCAGAAGCCAAUAAGCAGGCUGCUUGAGAACUACAGUUUCUGAUACUGCAGACAAUAGUCUUCUCUAGGUAAAGGAUCAAGGUCAGGCCCUUAAUAUGUAUCAGCAGAUCAAACUGAGCAGUAUCCCCUGAACAUUUAUGUUUUACAUAGUAGAUCGACUGAUUUCCUUAGGCUUUUGGGAAGACCUGCCAUCAGUCUGAGAGGGACUAGUCAAAGGGGCAGAAAAGUUUGUGCCAAUUGAGAGGCAGACUGUAGCAAAUAGAGUCAGGAAAGAAAUGUCAUAGGGAAGAUCCCAGUUUCAUCUGGUUUUUGGUUGUUUCUUUUGUGAAAGUUGUAGUUGAGGUGGGAUGUGAGUGUUUCCCACCCCUUUCUCCCAUUAAUUAUGUUCUACAUUCUAUGACUUAUGUCUCACAGUCAUGCAGCAACUGUUCCUACCACAGCCAUGUGAAUUUCAGACUCUAGACUUCACAAAGCCUUGAUGCUGUGUGUGGACUCCUGAAGAAAUGGAGAGGAAGACUUGUUCUUCCAAAUAAAAACCAAACAGGAAACCAAAAACCCCAAAGUCUUCCUGAGCAUUGGUAACGAGGAAACAGGAUCUGAAUCUGAACUCAAGCUGUUAAAUCAGCAUAAAUCUAUGAAGUUCUAGGAGGGAGAACAGCUGGGCUGGUAACGCACAGAAACGGAGCCCUGGGGCCUAAGUAGUUAACACACAUAAUGCCUCAAGGUCUAGGCAAUCUGUUGAGUGCUCAUUGCAUUCCAUGAACAAUAGACUCACUCUAGAGGUGGUUAUUGGUUGGUCUCUUUCUUCCAAGUUAAUAUCUCUGUCCAUGCUCACAGGAAAAGGAAAAGCACAUUGCAGGAUGCAGUGCCCUUCUAGUUUGGUAGCUUAAUUUUGCCCCAUCCAGAGUUUGGACUCUGACAGACAUUCCUUGAAGCUGAGCAUGGGAAAAAUCCAUCAGUCAGCAAUAGCUGGUCGUUAUAGUGGCUCCUGAGCAGAGCCAUGUUUUCCAGCUGUCACUUUUGGGAUCUUAUUCCAUCACUUGUGUUUGGGGCAGGCCAGCCAGGUAACUUGCAAUAGCCUGCUUUCCCUUUUCUUUCCUAGGCAUUGUAGAACAGCGACUCCCCAGCCCUGGGACAGAAGCAUCUGGCUUGCUUAGUAGACUGACUUUUUAGUCCUUGAAGCAGUCUGAAGAGACAUUCCGUAAAGGAGGAAGCCACCUGUAACUUGCCGCCUUUGUGCUGAGCCUUGUGUUUUAGGGAUGUGUGGUGCUCCCCUGCCCUCCUAGCCUGGUCUGCAAGCCUCAUCCGCGAUCGGGCAUUGGAAGUUCAGUCUCACCUAUGACAGUGCUGCCAUCUGCUGCCGAAACCCUUUGUUGCGGGCUUUCCUGCAAUUCCUGGGCUCAGCCACCAUCUUCAGGGGCUGGCUGGGCCUCCAGGAAUCGGGGGAGUGGCAGGUGGGAUGCAGGCAGACAUCACCUGAGACCUGGCUAGCACUGGUGAGGUGCUCUCUGAAAAGAAACUGCAGCUGGCGAUUUGUACUUUGAUAAUUUGGCAGUAAUGGAACUGGUGCUUUCAAACGUACCCAUGUUCUGCAAUCCUAAUGCCCUCUGUGUUUCCCUGCUGCACAGAGAGCCUUGUGUGGGGCUUGGAAUCAAGCUGUGCCAGGGCAGGCACAUAUCUCCUCUUGUGGGUCCAGUGUAUUUACAGGUAUGUAUUUCUGUUGUAUUUGAAGUUUGGCCCAAAGGAGCAGCACCCCUCCUAGUCUUUUUUAAAGUGAUGUCUAAACAUUUGUCUGUAAGUGCAUGUUUACGGUGUUAAGCAAACUGUUCAAAGAUGUGUGGAGAUGCUAUGUCAGUAAUGCUAUGCAAACCAGCACUUUGGUAAGCUAGCAGGGACAAGGAACUGUAGUCCAGUGAGCAGCAGUGCCAAGUGGUAAGGAGUAGGAGAGCAUUUUUUUGGGUAAUAUGUGCUGAGGGGCUGUAGAUAUGGCAGGAUAGGCUGUAUGUCUGGCCCAGAGUUAGGGGCUGCUGUCACCAAUACCUAAAGCUGAAGUCAAUACCAUGGGUAUGUGCUGUGCUUGGAAAUGACCACUGCAUAUUUUUUGGUAACAAAAAAGCCCUUAAACAAUACAUUCCAUACAGGGGCAGGGUUACUGUAAGCAGAUAACCUGCCCUGUGUAGCCUGGUCUAGCUCCAGAAGUAGUCCUGCUUUGAGCAAGGUUUUAACAGGAUACCUCCGGUUUGAAGUAUUUCCUAGCACAGCUUUAGUGUUGGGCUGUGGUGGGGUGGGGCCCAUGGUGGGCCAGCAGUGUGGUGAGACAUCUGACAUGGGAGGGUGGUCAGUGGUGGGGAAUGCUGAGGUCUGACAACUAUCCUUCACCUCAGGAAGGGCAGAGGCUGGGUGAGGACCAGGAUGGUGUGCUGAGCCUGUCUGGUCCAGUCUUAAAAUGCUAAAUACAUGAAUAUCUGUGAACUGGAAGCAGGGUCUAAGAGACUCAGGCCAUGGUACUGCAGGCCAGUGUGAGUCAUCAAGGAGCACUUUGCUCUCUGUGUCAUCCCAGCUGGCAGCUUCGGGACCUGCAGGGAGUCAGCAGCAGGGGCCCUUCGCCCUUUGAGUCAAUGCUGGCUCCAUGCUGGAGCAUGGUACCCUGAAGUGCCAUUUGCCUGCCCUUCACUUUACUGUGCUGACUUCAGUGUCCUGCCGUGGUAAAAGUCGGUGACACAGGCACCUGGAGAGUGUGCUCUUCAAAAAAAAUUGCCCUUCCUCAUCCAACUGUGUCGACAUCUGUGUCGUGAGGAGGCUCUUGCAUACAGUUGAACCCCAAAGCUUAAGCACUCCCUGCCUGGCAUUAAAACUUUCCUAGCAUGUUUCAGUGACGAGGUGCCAAGGAGUGUCUGACUGAGUUGACUAUUCUCCCUGGGUUUCAUUCAGCUUUCUGUCACUGUUUCCAAAUGGCCUUUGCCUUGUCAUGUCCUGACUGGACAGGACAGUGCAGACAUGGGAGGUCUGCACUCCUCUAGGGGCAGAUGGUGUCCCCCUGCCCUGCUGCUGGCCAGCACGAGGUGGGCUCGGAGGCUGCAAACGGCAUGCAGGGCUGCCUUGGCUACGGAGUGAAGGGUAAGGGUCAGCACAGGCCAUUUACAAUCUCACUGAUACAUCUGCCCUUGAGGAUAUGAGUGGGGUGAGGGAGCUCUGCAGGACCAGGGAAGUUUGUGUUGCUAUUCCAGACCCACCUGCUGGGACAGCCUAACCAGUAGGGCUGUCCCCAAAACCUCCCUAUGAGAAGAUUUUACUAUGUAGAGAGGAUGUGGAGGGAAACAGCUUGAGAUCAAAUAAGAGUGGCCCUAAGAUUACGUCAUGGAUCUGUGUGACCUUACCUGAUAACCCUCAUAGUUACUUGGUGACUGUGGUUGUUUUCCAUUUUUAUGCUUUUCUUUCCACUCCCCCCAUUCCCCCUUCAAAAGAAGAAGAUCAGGUGCAUUCACCUCACUGGGCAGAGAGUAGCCAAACUGAAUUCAAGGCUGUUGAUGAUCUGUGUGAUCCUUAGACAGAACUGAAAAUAAAACAUGAAGAAUUGGAGGUGUUAUGUGGCCACAACUUUUUCAUGCGAAUCCCAUAUGCAGUUUGUCUAAGAUGAUAAACUUCACAGCCCUGCCUCUGAAACAGGCCACUGGGGUCUGAUCAGGACUUGGAUCUGGCCCAGGUUUGAAGUCAGAUAUGCCACUGUGGCAAGCAACUGCAGUAUCUGGACCUGAUUUCCAACUAUUUCUGGCCUUGAGACUUGUGACUCCGGUCCAAAAGAGGAAGGGGGCAAAGGUGCGAUGUUCGCAGUAAUGGCAUAAACCAAAGCUGUGAGAUAAAUGCAUCUGAAUGUGUCCUCGGUCAGCUUUGACUGGGUAAUUUGUUAAUUAGGGGAAAUAAAUGAAACAUAUCUCUUCUCUUCUGAAGAAACAAUCCUAUGUUAAUGCUUUAUGUAAAGAGGCAGGUUGGGGCUUCUUGUCUCCUUGAAGAUUCCCUGGAUAGUGUUCUUACUUCUCUUAUUCUUUCCUUUGCACCUGGGGGAUUUUGAUAGCCUGUCAUUACAGCUGGGCACUCGACUUCCCCUUCCGGAGUCUGACUGAGUUUGAACUCCCUCAGCUCACAUAACUUUGGGACAGGGCUUUUCUGCUUGAAAACCUCAAGUCUCACUAAAACUUGGUAGAAAUGUGUGCAGGGGAAAAGUGCACAAACCCUUUCUGGGGGGAAAAAUUUCUUUCUCAUCUCUUCUACUUUCCUGUCACCGUGUUCUGCAUGGUACUGUAACCAUAUAUUUUGGUGAGGUGCUGAUCUCUGUCUGUGUACUAGUGUUACUCUAGGUGGUUUUGCUCAGGACACCGUGUGUUGCUGCUGACUCAGGCCUGCCUGUGGUGAAGUGCUGCCACCUGCCAGAAACUAGUGUGGCUUCGCAGUGCUGCCUUCUGUUUAACCCAUCCCACUCAUUGCUCUCACCUCCCUUUCUCACUGUCCGUUCAGUACUUCCCUGUUUUCUCUUCUCCCCUGGAUGCUGGCUCGAAUGUCCUUUUCUCUGAGCUUUUAUAGCUCCAUAUAGCCCAUUUCUUCCUAGGUCUCCUGGCAAUUUGUAUGGAACCCUGGUUCACCUUCUGUGACUGCCUUCCACAAGAGGUCUCUUAUCCUUGCAGCUCUGGCCAGUGUUAUCAGCCAUGGAAUGCCUUUCUCCCAGUUCCCAGGGGGCUGCAGUGCUCCCACACUGUCCCCUGGAGCUGGGGGAACUCAGCUCCUGCAGUAAGAACUGCAGCAUACUGCCCCUCCCUGCCUUAACCAGUUCCUUGCAGCAGGGUACACAAUGUUGGUAGAUCCUCUCUAACGAGCCAAAUACCUCAGGAGCUCUCAAGGAGCUUUCACUGCCUGAAUCCCUUUGAUUAGGUAUCUCACCUCCCUUAUUAACUUUUCCCCAUUUUCCAUGCUCCACUGUCUUUUUUUUACUCUUCCCCUGGCUGCUCUGCUCUCUGGUUCAGAUGGAUUUUCAAAAGAAGUAAGGCCUGUGCAAUGGCGCUGUCUCCUCUGUUGUGAUGUGGACCUGCUUGCUCGAUUGGGUGACACUGUCUGUGAGGUGAAGGGCUUGCUGAUACUACAUUAUUCAAACCUUAUUGACAGGUAGGGGAGAAAGAGCUUUCCUCUGGUGCUUUCUGUUUGGGUCAGGCAGCCAAAUGGUGCCCAUGGAGUUUUGCGGAGCAACCAGCAACGGGAGCACAAGUAAGAUGGAAGUACAGGGCUGUUGAGGUGAGCAAACACAUGAGUCCUAGAAAGGAGCUGGGUCGUGAGGCAAGUGGGAAUUGGGAGUGUGGGAGGUAUGUGGCACUGCAGAGUAGGGUUCAGCUGAAAGAUGUCUGUGGGGAAACACAGGUAUUGUUGGAGGACAAGGGGAUGAGCAGAACACAGAAGUGGGGAAAGAGAGGAACUGAGGAGCAGCAGUGGGAAUGCAAGGAAACAAAGCGUGAGUUUGGGGUUUUUUAUAAAGCAAGAUGUUAUUUUUCUUUGGUUUUUUUUUUUAGCACCACAACUAACUGCAGGGCCCAAUUGUUCCUGUCUUCCACCCAGUUACAUGCCAUCAGUGCGUAUGAAAUGCAAAGGACAAAUGUUACCCUCAGGAAUAUCGCCUCACUGUUGUUGCGCAGCUCAGCAUUCCAUCCUAUGGAAGUAUGAUUCAAGGUUGAAUUUCGAUAGCAAGCAACAACAACUCUGAUGGCUGAGAAAGAAGAAUUGAGCUGUCUACUGAUGUUUGAGUGCAGUCUAGUGUAAUCUAAUAAAAAGAGCAGCUACAGCCUGAAUUCGCAUUUGAAAUGCCUCAGCUCUGUUUGGAGAUGUGAUUCAAUGGAAAAACCUCUGUGACUUCCUUCUUUGUCUGCUGAUUGUAUUUCCUGUUUCUCCACAGUGGAAAUCUUGAAACCCUGACAGGAAGUAAGCCUUUUCCUCACGAGACUGGGUCUGUUGAGCUUGGUUGGGUGGUGACAGGGGGAAGCAUGCAGAGGAUUGCUCUGAAAUCUCAACAUGAAAUUUGAGGGCUUACUAGAUUUCAGCAGACACUCAGGGGAGACUUAAUUCCAGUGAGAGGGCCAAGCCUGAAGACAAAGCAUAGUGCUGGAAGGAUGUUGGAAAGAAAAGCAGGCAGCAUGCAUAUUCUCAAGGGGCCAGGCUUCUGUUCUGCAAAUGUUCUGAUUCUUGUAUAAAAGUCACGCUCUUUGCAAACAAUACAAAAUGGAGAAAUAAAGCCAGUUUAGAGCACACAAGACAUGAGGAGGCUCCUUGGUAAAGAAAUCCAGCUACAUAUGCCCCACUCUGUUUAGGGGUAGUUCUCUGUAAUCUGUGUUCACGUGCCCUUUACCUUCUACCACAUUAUGGUCCUCUGGUGUCUGAUGCAUGUUCUUCCUGGUACUGCCCUAUCUCACCUCCAGCUCUGCCCUGUGUGCCCUCUGUGCUAGCUCCCUGGAUGUCCUGUGAGCAUCUCAGUCUGCUCUGCCUUAAGGAAAUUCCAGCUAGCUAAACUAACCAAGCAAAGCUUUCUCCUUCUCCCUUCUGGUUGUUUUGGAGACCUUGUUGUGGCUUUUCGAUACUUAGAUGGGGCUUAAAAGAAGGAUGGAGAGAGACUUUCUACCAGCACCUGUAGUGAUAGGACAAGGGGUAAUGGUUUUAAAGUGGAAGAAGCCAGAUCUGGAUUAGAUAUAAGGAACAAAAUCUUUACAAUGAGGAUGUUGAAACACUGGCACAGUUUGCCCAGAGAAGUUGCUGAUUCCCCUUAAUUGAAAAUGUUUCAGACCAGAUUGGAAGGGUUUUUGAGCAGCCUGAUGUUGUGAAAGAUGUCCUCGCCCAUGGCAGUGGGCUGGACAAGACAGUCUGUGAAGGUCCAUUCUGACCCAAACCAUUCUGUGAUUCCUGAGUCCUAUCUGCUGACUGAACCCUUCUCACCCUGCCUGACUUACUGGCAUUUCUUCUCAGUCUUUCUGAUCUAGCAUGUAUCUCAGCAGCCAUUUCCCUUAAUUGUCUCCUUUCAAGAUCUGCCCCAGCUUGAAGUCAGGCUAAAGAUCAGACUGACAUUUUGUCCAAGGUAAUAUCCAAGGUAAUGUCCAAGGUAAUAUCUGCUUUACCAGAAAGCAGAUAAGGGAGAUAAAUUACAGUGUUGGAGCAAAAAAAUAUAAACCAUCCCUUUUUCAAAAGCCUCUGAAAUGGAGCCUGAAGCAAGCACUGCUCUGAACUUCCACAGGCUGUGAAUCAGGUUGUGAUAGAAAGGUCACUGUGUGUGGUCUUCCCAAUAACCUCUCAAACCAUCAACAGGUUUUUUUUUUUAAAUCCACUUUGCUUGCUCUCCUCCUUGACCUUGACCUCAUCCUUUUGUUUCUCCUUGGAUAUAUCAUAGUUCUGAUUAUUUUUAUUCCUUUGCCUAAGGCUGCAGAUCCCUAGUCUCACUUCUACAGGAACAUUUCCUUAUUUGAGAUUUGUUAUAAGUGCUAGCUCCCAACUGGGACUGACUUCCGAGAAUGACACAUAACUACAACAUUUGAUGUAGAAAAUGCAGCUUAAUCACAAGGGACUAGUGAGGGCAGGAUGCAUUUUAUAUUGGACUGCAGGUUAAACUGGGCUUGGAGCUGUGAUAGCUGCAAACCUAGGGACAAUAGUAGAAUACAGACAAAGGAAGGCAUGAAAAUAUGAGAAUAGGAGAAAGUUAAAUAAGAAAGGUAAAAAGACAAAAAGAAAACCGUAAAAUAUCUUUAAAAGCAAGGCUAUCAGCUGGGAAUUGGUUAAGGGGAAGGAAGGAUGCAACUUCCUUUUCAGUUGUUAGGUUCUCUUUUUUUUUUUAUGUCUCAGAAGUUUUCAUAGUGCCAGGGCUGAUUUUCUGGGCUAAGAAACUGAAGACCCAUAUGGAGCACUUCUGAGCUCCCAGGAAUUCUGAGGUUAUUGCCAGUGUUUCCGGUGUUUAACACAGCCUUCUUUUAUGGGCAGAGGGUGAAUGAGCUGAUGGGAAAGCCUCAGUAACCUAUUGGUGUCACCCCCUGGAAACAAGGACCUAAAAGGACCACAUUUUAUGUGGCAAAACUAAGGACAGGGUCAGCGGUCACACUGUGAUUAAAUGGCAUCAGAAGUCACCUAUGCUGAGGUGAAGUUCAAGAAUGCAUCGCUGGCUGCAGUGGUUGAAGCACCUCCUGAGACGAAGAAGUGUGAGCACCACCCCCAGAAAUACCCACCAUGGCUCCCAUGGCUGAUCUCACUGUUGCUCCUCUUGACAUGCAUUGCCCUUGUUGUUGUUCUCCUUGUGGCUCCCUUCUCCCACAGCAGUGACCAGCCCACAGCCCUGCAGGAGAAAUUCACGGCGUGGGAGUGCGACUCAGCGGUGUCAGAAAACAAAGGCCGAGGCUGGAUGUGCUGCCCGAAGGGCUGGAGAAGGUUUCAAAACAGCUGCUAUUUUCUGUCCCUUGAUAAGAUGUCCUGGGCUGAGAGUGAGCAGAACUGCACUGGGAUGGGCUCCCACCUGGUGGUGAUCAACAGUGAGGAAGAGCAGGUUUUCCUCUCUAAACAGAUAAAACCAGUUCUAAAAGCAGAGAAUUUCUACAUCGGUCUGAGAGCAGAGAUUGUGGAUCAGUGGCAGUGGGUGGACAAGACUCCCUAUAAUGUAACAGCAGCGUUCUGGCGAAGAAAUGAACCAAGCGAAGGUGAUUAUGAGAAGUGUGUUGUAAUGCAUAGGGAUUCAGAAAUACCCAACAACUGGAAUAAUGUCGGAUGUCAGAAGUUUUAUCGAAUUUGUGAAGCUGCUGCCGUAACUGUGUGAUGGAAAUACCCCCAUCCUUAGUAAAAGUGGGAGAUGAGCAGUGAGCUGAGACCGGCAGAGGGCUGUGCUGGAGGGGUGGGGAGCCCUGAAGCCUGCAUCUUCACUGUGCCACGUGGGAUAAUGGAAGUGGAAGUGAUACGACCCUUUGUCCAGCAUCCCCAGUGCAUCGAGGGGCUGAGGGAACACUUGAAGGCUGAGGGUCAUCAAAGCAGGUCCUGUGUUCUUGUGUCCUCUUCUCUCUGAGUGGAUUCAGAGGCCACUGGCAGAAAAGACAUGGAGUUCUCCAGGAAGAAGACACAGGAAUGGAAGACAGAUGUCCUGAGCUGCAUUUUCUUUCUCUCCUUGAGCAGAAGUCUCUGCUUUCUGUUGAGUCACAUGCAGAAUGUCCUCCAGUUGCACUGGUUUUGUUGAACAAGUUCUGAAAUUUAUACAAGAGAAAAUACAGUAUUAGACCAAUAAAAAAUCUCUGUGCAGUGUGUGUAGA